UCUGGUUCAGUCAUGCGACCGUCCGCGAUUGUCAUGAAGUCGUCAUUAUUUUCGCACACACACGUUUGUCAAAAUCCAAUGUCUCUAACAGGUUCUCACCAUCAUCGGACGAGGCGAGUGCUUGGACACUAGCUAACUAGCCGCUCUUUACCGAGAUGAUUAAAAUAAGCUGAGUAGUCCAAUCGAUCACUCCAGCACCAGCCAUGACCCAACCUAUCUACACUAUCAUUGGGACGCCAUUCAGCACCUUCACCCGAUCUAUCACUCUUGCAUUGAAUCAUAAGGGAAUACCCUUCACUCAAGUUAGAUGUGUUCCACACUCAGACACAGCAUAUGACAACCAUCCAUUCGGGUUCCUUCCCACCCUGAUCAUCCACCAAAUUGAUGGGAAGACAGUCAACCUGAAGUUGCGCGAGAGCGCAGCCAUCGCGCGUUACAUUGACAGGGUUGCACCAGAACCCAGCUUGCUUGUUUCAGCGGGCCAAGGGAAGGCAAUCAUCGAAGAACAGAUGUGGGAGUUUGUGAGUUUCCCUGCUGUCGAGAAAGGGGUCGUGAAACCCCGUGUAGCCGCCACCGACGAGGGCAAACUUACAGACUCUGCGGUUCGCGAACAAAUCAAGCCGGGUGUAGAGCAUCUUAAAAGACUACUUGGUAAAUUGGAAGAACUGAUGGCAGGCGAGGGCUACGUGUUCGGAAGCCAGCUGAGCUGGGCGGACUUCUUUUUGUUCCCGCUGCUUGCAGACCUGAAAGCAAUACCGGAGGGUGAAUUGCUUUCUCCAAGAAUGCUGAACUGGAUGGAAAAAAUGAACAAGUUGGAGGCAGUCAAGGCUACCACUCCGGGUACCUUGAGUGUUGGUGCAAGACCCCCCUAAUCACCCAACUCGAACAGGUAUGUAUUAACUUUCAUUCGCGAUUUUUUUCGCCCCGCUGACUCAGAGAUAGUGUGCAGGAUUUAUUUUUUUUGAACGGAACUCGAGUCGUAUUAAAUAGAAAAGUCGGCGUUCGAUUUAAGCAUGAUUUGUAAAACUAGUAUCCAAGCAAUCUUGACGUGUCAUAUGUAUUGAGAACGCCACAAGCCCUUUCUCACUAUGAGUAUGAGUAAUUUCAUUAUCAACUACUAAAAU